AUGUCCUCGCAAGAACUACCUCAAUCGCAGCGACAGGAACUUGAGUCAGCAUCAUCAAUGGAGACUACUAUGCAGCAAGCAGAAGCAGUGUCGUCCAAGGAGACGGCGACACAAGAAGCAGAACCGAAGCAAGAAGUUGCAUCAUCCGAGCCAGCAGUCCCGUCGUCAGACGCAAUUCUCCCAAGCUCCCCGAGCCCAGCAAAACACCCCACAAACGAAGCAGAAAGCUCGAACACCGACACCAGCUCCAGAAAGCGUCCAGCAGACGACAUCGACUCAAACCCAGACAACAUCGCCCCACCCCCCGACCCAGCGCCAACAGCACCGCCCAACGCCAACCCAACCCUCCACCCCCUCCACCAAAAACUAACCGCCCUCCAAUCCCACCUCCACAACCUCCAAACACUCUACACCUCCCACCUCCACACGCACAGCACCCUCCCUUCCAGCCUCCCCCUCCCCACCAACUGGACGCCCAUGCAAAUCCAAACCUCGGCGCUCGAAACCGCCCACGCAGUCAUCAAAGAGCACAUCGCGCUGCUGCAUGGGUACAAUGAGAUUAAGGAUGUGGGGAUGGGGUUGUUGGGCUUGGUGGCGGAGAAGAGGGGCGUGAGGGUUCGGUGUGUUAUGGAGGAGUUUGGGGUUGGGGAGGGGGAUUAG